AUGUCGACGUUGCUCUCAGAUGCUGUUUCCGCAUCAGCGAGGAGUAAGCCGGCAGUGGUGGAGCGAAGUGUGCCGUUUGCACCUCCAGAGCUAUGCAUUCGGCGCCUGAACACCUCACCGACGAUCAGCCAGCUAUCAGGCGAGGCGGAGGAGGAAGCAAUGUCGGCAACGGCAUUGAGGUCGGGAGCAGGUGCUGGAGCGGUGGUGACGGUGCCGGUGGCGGUGACAAAACAGGCCAACGGCUUCGGCUUCACCUUAGCCGAUCAAGUGGGUGGACAGCGCGUUAAGGAAGUCCUUGAACCCACCGGUCUUCGCGUUGGUGACGUCAUCCUUGAGGUCAAUGGCAAGUGGGUCAAGGAAGCCUCUCAUCUGGAGGUCGUUCAACUGCUGAAAACCUGCUCCAUUGGCAAGACAUCCAACUUCCUCAUCCAAAGAGUUCUACCGAUUUCCGUGGACAAAAAACACAUGGGCGCGAGUGUGAACUCCAAUUUCACUUCGGUCGCUCCUGUCAACAUUCAGUCGGCGCGUGGACGCCCAAUCGGCGCACAACUUGUCGCCAAAAAGAGAGUACCCGACUGUGAUUCACCACUGAGUUUUGACGGUGCUGAUAUCAACGACUUCUCACCCACCAGCGCUUUGUAUUCCACCUUCCACCCUGCUGAUUACAAUAUGCUAGAUUAUCCCUUCUUGAGUGUACCUUCCUAA